UUAUGAGGCGGUCUGAAGGAGCCUGAAGGAGUCAAAUUCCUGAACACGUAGGAAGGAGCUCGAUCCUCACGCUGACGCACGACACAGGGCGCAGCGACUAACGGAUUACUGACCAACUGUUGGACGUGACACAGAUUUAUCUCUCAGCUGUCGAACACUUUCUUCGUUUUACUCCAUUUUUUUCUCACUUCUUCCAACAAACACGAGCAUGCCAUGAAGAAGACCAUCCUUUUCUCUCGUCACUGUCUCCGUCUCAUCUGAAGCUGCUCCUUAUCCACUGCGUAAGAGAGAGAUGUGACAAUCUGGCGAAUUCAGUUUAAAACUUUUCAUUUCACCAGGAGACGUUUUAGUAUGCGUAAAGGAGCGCGCGCGUAAAAGCCGGUGUCGGGGGGGAAACAAACAACAGCCCGAAUUCACUUUUCCACCACGGAAAUGAAAUCAGCCCCAGCAGCAGUGCCUGCAUGGCCUCACUUCUGCUAAAAACAUGGUCGAUGUAAAUCAGUGAAGCACCGGGAUCUGACAUCUUUGACUUGAAGUGGCUCCUGACACUUGGAUGGGAAGAUGUUUGCUGGGCUGAUGGGGCUGGAGUGUCACAACAACCCUCUGCGACACGUCACUGAAGGUGGCAGAGCAUCAGGGGCAGCUGGCAGCUCUGGCCGUAAGAGGCUCCACAGAAGACCCGGGUACAUGAGAGGAGAGCAGUCCAGACUACAGAGCUCUACUCCUGGGCAGGAAGAGGAAGAGGAGCAGGAGGAGGAGGAGGAAGGCAGGACAAAAUCUGAACGUCACACUGACCUCAGUGAAGCCACCAGCACUCAAAGGAUAAGUCUAACACCUGCUGUCAAAGUGUCCUUAAUAAACCAGCAACAGCCUGAUAUACUCACAUGUAGCUCCAGAAAGAGUAUCCUCUCCCUUACCCAUCCCUUUCUUAAUAUGGAGUGCAGUGCUGUCAAUGGUACAUCCAGCCAUCAUGGACUGUCCUCACUGUCACAGAGUAAACUCAGGUCAAGCCCAAGUCCAGCACUACGGUCCUCACCACAGGACUCGUUUAACUCCAGCUUCAGUUUCAUCCAGCAGUCGCUCAACUCUGGCCUGAGAACAAACACAACCACUGCUCCACCAGCUCAGGAAACACAACUAACUCAUCAGCCAGCGAAAGAUCUUGGUUUAUCGCUAACAAAACCAGAAACUGUCUUCUCACGUGAUGCCUCUCCUGUCCCGUCGCCGUACUCCUCUGCUCCAGCUAGUCAUGCAGAGAGAGAAGAGCCGGUGUUAGGUGGGAGGUUUUGGCGCGAAUGUCCGUGGCGUGGCAGGGAGGUUAUGUCCGACCUGCCUGACUGUGACUCCCGAUCUCUGGACUCAGAUACGGCCUCUGCCUCCUCUGUCACCUCAGGCUAUGAGAGCGCCACACCUGCGUCCGACCAAGGCUGGGAGAACCUGGUGAAGAAGUACGAGGUUGUGCUGCAGGACUGCCUCCAAAACAGCCGUUCUCACAUCAAGAUUGAGUCCAUGAUGUUGAAGCUGCAGAGACUCCAGCAGAAGGCCAUUUUGGAUGAUGACUAUGACGCAGCCGAACGUUUUGGUAAAAAGCUGGAGGAUUUGUGCAGGGAGCGAGGAGAUCUGCAGCUGGGUUUACCCUCCCUACAGCCCAGCGUGGCGCUCUUCCUUGAUCGACUCAGACAGGUGGUGCACAGCGCCCUCCAGAGGGCAGAUCGCAGCCAUCGCAGAGAGGGUGCAGAGCCUGAUGUGGGAGAGAGGUCUGAGUCGUCACAGGGUCCACAUCAAAGAGAUCGCCUGAUGCAAGAGAAACGGACGGUGGAGGAGGAGAUAGCCAGGCUGCAGCAGAGGCUGGCGGAGCUGAAGGACCGCAGCCGAUGUCUGGAGCAGCAGAUCCAUCAGGAGGAGCAGCAGGGGGUGGUUGAAGAGCUGGAGGGCUCAGUGCUGAGGAGCUGCACCGCGGCUCAGCUCCGUGACAUGGGUCGGACCCUGCAGGACCUCAUUGCCUCUGAAAACCGCAUGCAGAUUUCUGUCUCUCUUCCACCUUCCAUGCUCAGGCUCCAGGAGCAGGAGCAGGCAUUGAAUAUGUCCAUCAAGGAAGCUACUGCCAAAGUGGUCAUGAGUCAGAGGCUGGGAAGCAGCCUAAGGAGGAAAGUCAGUGAGACUGAAACACAGCUUUUGGCGCUGCAUGAGGCCAAACUGGCAGCCAUUUCAGGCAAUGACUUCAGCAGUGCUAAGGAGCUGAAGGCUGAGAUGAAGGCAGUGUACCAGGAGCGGGACCGGCUGGAGGCUCUGGCCAAGAGGCUACACAGCCUCAGCUCGGGGAGUAGCCAGGAGCUGGCCGGCAUGAAGGAGCAGCGGCAGCAGCUCAGGCAGGAGCUGGAGCAGAGGGAGGCCGUGCACGAGAGCCGCCUGAAAGAGAACACGACCAAGUAUAUUGAGCUGUUGGAGGACAGACUGCACAGUUGUAGCUGUUCGGGCCUGGAGCGCAUCUGGGAAGCUGACCUGGAAGCGUGUCACCUGUUCUUGCGCGGGCUCCAGCUGCGGACCCCUAGCUGUGGCGGGGCAGACGUGGAAGACCUCCCCCCUCCACCGGUUGACCCUCCGGCCCAGCCUUGCACCAAAGAAGAAGAAGACUGUGCCAUGCUGACUGCUUUAGGAGGACGCUGGUGUCCGGAGGCCAACUUGCAGAACUCAGAGUUCACAAAGAAACUGGAGGAGUUUUUGUUCUGCAUGGAGGAUAGUCACCCAGAGGUUGGGUGUGGUGAGGCUGAUGCUGCAGACCUGACAGAGCGCUGCGAGCUGAUCAGUGACAGGCUAAUGACCUUGGAAGAUGAAUUGCAGAUGGCCAUACUAAACCAGGAUCGGGCCCUCACCCAGUCUCUAGAGAAAGAAGUUCAGGAAGUAAAAUCCACUUUGCAAGCCAUGCUCGCACAGCUCAAAGAGGAGGAAGAGGAAGCGAAUGACUUAAAAGAGGAUGAUGACCUCAUGAAAAAUGGGACUGAUGAGGAGGAAGAGGAAGAAGAAGAUGAAGACGACGAAGAAGAAGAAGAAGAAGAAGAAGAUGAUGAGGACCAGUACUUCAGCGACAGCUGGGACAUUUGAAGUCGAUGCCUGUGGUGUUUUAUGACCACUCACUCACACACUGGCUCUUUGAGACUGUGACCCUGGCUCUGCAGUCGAAGUGACCCCAUAUCCAUUUACUGCAGAUCCUCACUCAAAGCGCUUUACGAGCAGCCUCUGUGGUACUGCUGAAAGUUUCCAGUACAAAGCUUUACAGAGUCUGUGUAGCAUUUUAUUAACGAAUGGAGGACAAACAUGAAGGAUUUUGAUAUAAACACAACAUAUAAGGCACUUUAUUUUACGCAGAUUUUUAGAAGUUUCUUGAAUCUUACCAGCAGAAAUUUAAAGCAACAUUAACUUUUGUUCUUCAUUUGCAAACUGGUUCCGUUACCAGCCAUAAAAGGUUUGCCAAACAUCAGAAAAGCCCUAAAACAGUAACAGUACACAGCGAGAAAAGCCACACGCUCAGUAAUAUCAGUGACACAAGCAGCGUUUGCUAAAUGCCUGAUCCUACCAGACCAAGGCAUUCUGUUAUAUUAGAAUGCACUGAACUUAUUUUUAUUUAUUAAUGCAAGAUUGAGUUACAAGGCUUGGAAUUGAGUGGCAUUAACAAAUAAAUGAAUUUUUUUAAACAGCAGGACAGAAAAACAAACUGUGCCUGCUCUCACUGCAACUAUCUCUUUGGCCAAUUGGACAACCCGAACCUUUUUACUGCAAACGGUCUUGCACAUAAAUUAUACAAUUAAUGCUCAGUUUUAACGUGUUUUCCAUUUAUUGUGGCUUUAAUUACAUAGUGUUUUGUCAAUUAAAUAACUGUGGUGCUACAGGACGUGAGCUAACUUGAACACUUUAUUUCCGUGCUUUGGAAAAUUCCACUUUCCUGUGUUUAAACAGUGUAUUACUGGAUAAAUGCUGUGUGCUUUCACACACGUGUGUCCCAUUUGUGUCGCAUGCAUAUAGAAAGAAACUGAAGGAUGAAAUAUAAGUAGGCACAUACGUAUUUGCAACUGCUGUGUGUUUUUGUUUUUUUGUACAAUUAUUUUUUAAUCUGACACAUAUUAUGUUUUCUUCUUGUUUUAUGUCAGCUCAAAAAAUAUACUUGUUCAUUCCA